AUGUCCACGCCGGCAAGGAUACUGCGAUGUUCUCUGUACGGGUCUGCAUCGCGGGUGUCUCCAGCGGCAGCUUGUGCAGCUCCAUCGCCACGGGGAGCUCCGCCAGCAAUUGAACGGUGGCACAGCUCAGAAGCACCCGCAUUCUACCUCUCCACAACUCCUCGCCCACCACGAACUUCGAAUCUUCUCUCAACACCCAGAAAGAACCUAGCAACUCUCCAAAAUCCGAGCCCCCCACCAAAACUUAUCCCCGACAUCCCCCUCUUCACCUCCCACCCGCCCCUCCUCUCUCCGGAGCCGGGUAACAACCACAACAAACCGCCUGACGAGCGCAAAGUCAAGCUAGGCAAGACCCUACGCAUCCUGCAAUCGCACCUCCCCACGCUGCUCCAAUCCCCGCCGCCGCAGGGGAUCCUCUCACCGCGGAUCACGCUCCACCUGUUCCCCUCGACGCACCCGCACCUGCCGACGGUGUCCGGGCGGGUCGCCUACACGGCGGCGCUGUGGUCGUCGCCCAUCGCGUGGAACCGCCUGCCGCUCGUCGGCAACGUCCGCCUGCAUAUCCUUUCUGAGCGCAUGCUCGACUGCUCGGCGUACGAUUCUGUUGGUGGAAGGCCAGGUGGUGGUGGGCGCCGUGCUGAUGGCGCCGGGGGGGAGCAGCUGAUUGUGCGGUGGCGGACGGGGAGGGGAUACGGCCGCGGGAAGAACGGCAGCGGGAACGGCUGCAUGGGGAGGAGGAGGGUGGGACGGAGGUGA